UCCACCGCCGCCCCUGCCGGCCCCUCCCCGCUCUCGAGCCGCCUGUUCACGACCACGCCGGACGGGCGCACCGUGCUGAGGGAAACGCCCCCUCCGCCCACGGGCGGCAUGGCGGCCGUCGCCGCGGCGCUGGCGCAGGUCAACCUGCAGGCCUACGCCGCCGCCUUUGACGCCGAGGGCUACGACGACAUCUCGUUCUUGCGCGGACUGGACGCCGCCGAUCGGGCGGACGUGGCCAAGGAGACGGGGAUGAAGCCCGGGCACGCGGGCAGGUUUGUCAAGUUCGGCUUCGAGCCGCCAUGAGCGAGCCCGCCGCUAGGGGCCCAGGGAUGAGAGGGUCGGGUCCCGACAGGGGCUCUGUCCCAGUACAGGUUUCGAGUGCUUAGUGUGCACCGACUGGGAUGCGCGAGCAUGUUGCGGAAGGUUUUCUCUCCGACCACCGUGCGGAACCUAUCGACGGGAGGUCGUUUGUACAGUACUGGCAGUAGCAGGUGUACGGCAUACCGAGCAUACGUUACCAAUAAGAUCUAAGGCGCG